CCGUCAGAAACAGGAGGGAAAUGAAAUUAGCAAAAUCCUUUAAACCAAAACAAAAAAAUUGAAUUCAUUCACUUUACCGCAAUUUUUCCAUUUUUCACUUCUUCUCUCUCACUCGCCUUGAUUCGAUUUUCAAUCUAGGGUUUUAAGGCAUCUAUGGAUUCUCUUUGGUGCUCAUUUUAGGUGGUGAGUUUAUUGGUGAAGGAGACUACUAAUUAUGGCAAAGGUUGCUACACAACCUGUUCCUGGUUCAUUAACCUCCAAUUCGCUUCAGCUUGGCGGGGCUGCUCUCAAGGUCGGUGGUGGUGCAAUGGUCAAAAGGAAGACACCAUCAGAACUCAGAGGAGAGCAAUUAAAAAGGACAAAUGUUAAAGAGACUGUAGAUGAAUAUCCAGCCCCGUUAUGUGGCCUGACAAAUAGCACCAGCAAUAAUGGGCUCAAGAAACCAGAUUUGCCGAGGCAUCCUAGAUACAUUGCAACCCGUAUGGAUGAAGUAUAUCCUGCUAAGAAAUCCAGGCUCAGGGUGCUUUCAGCUAAGGACAAUGCAAAGGAAAAUAUAUCAACUGAGCAAACAUCCAUCCUGAAGAAUAUCACUGUUCUUUCAAAUUUGGCUGUUAAGAAAAAAGUUUUACGUUCAGAGAAUUCUGCUGCUCCUAUUGUAUCUGAAGAAGGUAACAUGCAGUCUCAAACAAUUGAAAGAUGUAGUCAAAGUAUAUUUCGAAGUGUUACUGAACUUUCAUCGGCUGGUGAAAAAUCAUCAGGCUUAUCUGUUGUGGAUAUGGAUAAAGCAUUAAAAGGGCUAGUUUCCCAUGAACCAUCUAGUAAUUCUGGUUCAACUCCCUACUUUUCUAAGAGUAUUGGUAAUGAUGCUUCAGUUCAUACAGGCAACUUCUUGUCUGAAUGCCUCGUGUCAGGCUCAAAGGCUCCAUUAGAUUUCACUAUGAAAACAAAAAUCCUGCUGACAUCCUCUAGCUCAGUGAAUUGGAUUCAUAGGUCAAUCAUGUCUAGUGCUUACAAUGGCAUGCCGCAAAUAGCAUCUCAGCUUUGUAGUAAUAAGGAUGGUAUUGGAUCCGGGCAAGCAUGGACUUCCCACAUUCUUAGUUCUAAAGCAUUGCAUUCAUGGGUUUAUCCUCAGUGUACACUACCACCUUCUGUCAUAUUAGUGUUGAGCUCACAAGUAGCAGAGCAAGAUUUUUUAAAAAAACGGCAGCGGGAAUGGGCGGAUUCCUUUCGGAGUCUCUUUUACAUGCUUCGAAAGAACAUUUGUAAUAUAUUUUAUGUGUGUACAUCUUAUUUUGUAGUGAUGUUCAUCUGUAGCAGUGGCCCAGGAGGAACCAAAUACUCAUGUAACGCCUACAUAUCCCAAUCAACAAGAGGCCUGAGGUCAUCAUUGAGAGAGCAUGAUGUUUGUUUCUCUAUGCCACUUUGCCAAUCUAAGGAAGAGCAAGCGACUACUGAAGAUCUAGUUGAGCUCUCAGAGAUCGAGAAACAAAAUUUAGGCCAGACUCGAAGGUGGACCUCUGUGUCUGAUAUUGAUAAUAUCCCAGAGUCUUUGCUGGCUUUCUAUGGAGAUAAAAAUGUACAUGCACUAUAUGACUUCUUGCUAAAUUACAGAUCCUCAUUGACUGUUCUGUCUGGAGUGGAUGUUCCUGUUUUAUAUUCACCUGUGCCAUUUCAAAAUGCUGCUCUUUCUGCUCCAGAGAUAAGAUGUGUGGAGAUGAAAAGAGUUGAUCAUUUUUCUGCUUCCCCUAAAAAGUCUAAAGUUGAAGAUGGAGAAUCUUUACGAGAUGCAUCUUCUGGUUUUCGCUCUAGCAUUGAAAUUAAGGCUGAAUAUAUCCCGCCAUGGAUUAUCUGCCGUAUAUGUGCACUAAUAGGUUCUGAAGGGAAUAGCUUUGAGGCAAGCUUUAUAACAGAGCGAACCUCAGUUGGCUUGAAUGUUGCUCUUCGAGAAGUGUGCGAGAAAACUGAUUCUAAAAAUGUGAUGGAUGAAGGCUUGGAAGAAAGCAGUCACUGUUUUGGCAUUCCAGAAGCUACAGCGAAUCCGUGUUUGGGUUCAGGCUUCUUAAAAGGCUUGAAGUACAAUAGUGGUUCUUAUACAGCUUCCCUCUCUCCUAUAUGACAUUUACCAGAAAUGUGGCAUUGAGAUUCUGAUGGUUUUUACAUCUUUUUGGCCUCUCCAUUUCGACAUUUUGCUACUACGUCCCUAGCUAGCAGAGAUGCAACAUUAUGAUACAGCUAUGGUUCUUUAACAUUGAUUUCCUUUGUGAUUCUAUGGUCUUGAGUUCAGAUGCAUCAUUGAAAUAUUUUACUGUAUCUUACUAUUGGAAUCAAGAUUGUACCGCCAAUAUUGUGACCUUACAAUAAAAAACCCCAGGCUGCUGCUUUUUAGCUGAUAAAAGAAUUUAAGAAAGAUGAGUUGUGCAGUUUUUCCCUUUUUA